AAAAUCCCUUCGUUUCAAAAAAUUUGGCUGCUCGUGCAACGUACCUGUACCUCGUAUCUUCACGUUUCUUCCCUUACUUCCCUUACUUCCACAAACACGCCCAAGUCCUUCCCUCCCAGCGAUCCGCUGCGGCCCUUUCCUUUCCUUUCCUCCUCCUUUCGUUGCUUCAGAUUUUGGUUUCAGUAUUUAGGAGGAGCUCUUGGGCAUAUUAAAUUCUUUAAGCCAAAAGGCCACUUCAUUCAGCGCAUGUGUUCUUUGGCGUUUCAUUUCAGUUCUGAAUGGGCAUUGCUUUCGCAUUAAAUUUCGUGACUUUUAUAUUCAUCUCUAUAUAUCCAGAGAAAAGCUUUCUCUGAUGAAUUCCUGCAUUCAACCUUCCUCCUCUCUCUCUCUUCCUCGCUCUCUCUGAUUUGUUAUUCUCUUGGGGUGUUCGGAGGAAGAAUUAUAGAUCCGUGCUCUUGAACCGAAUGCUUCAACCUUUUUGGCAUUAAAAGUCUCUUCUUCAUCUGCUUUUGGGCUGUGGAUUUGCUGCUUUUUUACCAAGUCUCAAUCUUUUUAUAGAAAGUUUGAAGCUUGAAGAAACUAAAGUGCCACCGAUGCUAACAGCUCAUCUGAUGGCUCUCUCUCCUUUCAGUGUCAGCAAUUAAUGGGCGGAUUCAGUAAUUCUUUCCUGUCCUUAAGUGCCAGUUUUCUCUGAAUUUUUUCGUACUCUAGCAACAGAAGUUUAUCUUCCAAUCGAAAUGGGGCAUUCUGCUGCUGUGUGGGAUUGUAAAGCCGCAGUCGAAAUGACAAAGGAAUGGAAUGGGAUUGACCAUAUCGUGCUUCGGAGUCCACAAGGGGCUUCAGUGCGGGUUAGCAUGCACGGAGCGCAGGUCACAUCAUGGAGGAAUGAGCAAGGUGAAGAGCUCCUAUUUACUAGUACUAAGGCAAUUUUUAAGCCUCCCAAAGCAGUGAGGGGAGGAAUUCCCAUAUGUUUUCCUCAGUUUGGCAAUUGUGGAGUGCUGGAGCAGCAUGGUUUUGCUAGGAACAAAAUUUGGACAGUUGAUGAUAAUCCUCCACCCCUGCCCUCCACUGAUUCUCAAGGCAAAUCCUUCAUAGACCUAUUGCUUAAGCCUUCUGAAGAAGACAUGAAGGGUUGGCCUCACAGUUUUGAGCUUCGCCUUCGGGUUUGCCUUGCAACCAAUGGUGAUCUGAGCCUAAUAUCACGAGUCAGAAACAUCAAUGGAAAGGCAUUUAGUUUCUCAUUCGCUUAUCACACAUAUUUAUCAGUUUCUGACAUCAGUGAAGUGAGAAUCGAAAAUUUGGAGACGCUUGACUAUCUAGACAACCUUCGCCAAAGGGAACGCUUCACAGAACAGGGGGAUGCCAUAACUUUUGAAUCAGAGGUGGAUCGAAUCUACUUGAGUUCUCCAAAUGUAAUCGCAGUUCUUGAUCAUGAGCGGAAGCGAACUUUUGUGAUCAGAAAGGAAGGUCUGCCAGAUGUUGUUGUAUGGAAUCCCUGGGAGAGGAAAUCGAAGGCGAUGGUGGAUUUUGGCGAUGAGGAGUACAAACAGAUGGUUUGCGUUAAUGGUGCAGUGAUAGAGAAGCCAAUCACAUUGAAGCCAGGUGAAGAGUGGACUGGAAGAUUGGAUCUCUCUGUGGUCCGCUCUACUUUCUGUAGCGACCACCUUGAUUUCCAAACCAGAGGCCUCUGAAGAUACCGAAGUCAUGGCAGCCGUAUUUAUGUUUUUCCUGUUCUGUUUCUGAUGGCAGAGAGCCAACCCCAGGCAUCCCUUUGGACCUGUCCUCGACCCGGAGGCCUGGGGAUGGUUGAUGGUCCUACACCUAACUCUCCAGUGAUAGUGUCGGUGCACCAGUCCGUGCAUUCUAUACAGAGGAAUCGAGUUUGAGACCUCCACCUCCUGAAGUGUGGCCCUCAGGUCACCCUUUCUGUUGGGGACACUGUUGGCGAGGCUGGCAGAUUCAGUAGUUUCGACUUCGGAGGUGGUCGGUGCAGAGCGAAUUGUAAUAAUUUUGCGCGAGUGGCUUCAUAUGAAAAUCUGCAUCGAAUAAACUGGGAAUUGCAAGUUGUAGCGUGGGAGCCUCUCUCUCUCUCUCUCUCUCCCCUCCCUUAUCGUCGUGAGGAAACGAUAUGCAGAGGCCUUCAAAAUUUGAGAUUUUAUACAUCUUCAUAGUUCAUAUAGUCAUAUGUAGAAGUCAACAUACCAUGUCACGAUUGAAGGGUUUGUCUCU